CCGGAAGUGGCAUGCAGCAAGCUCCAACCCAAACAAACUGAAGCAGAUAUAUGAAAGCAGAUAUAUGUUGUCAACAAACACAAGGCGGCGAAAUGGGGAGUGAAAAUAUAAAAGCCGACGCUAACGAGUCGCGCUGUGUAAUGUUUAACACCCACUCAGAGGACCACCGAUGCGUGGUGAUAUUAACAGUAAAAAGAGCCACGGGAACUUUCUCCUUGGCCGGAUGUGUCUUCAUGCUCUUCGUGAUCUGGCUUCUUCGCCGCUAUCACUCCUUGGCGCAGAAGAUGAUUCUCAGCUUGACUGUGGCGGCCUUCUUUGACAGCCUAGCAUAUGUCAUGGGUGAGUCCCACCCUGAGGGUUCUCUCUGUGACUUUCAGGCCUGGUGGCUCACAUACUUUGAUUGGAGUGCCUUGGCCUGGGUUUGCCUCAUUACGCUGAACCUGUACUUUAACCUGGUCCGGGAGAUGAGCACGAGCAAAUAUGAAAUCGUCUACCAUCUGAUGGCGUGGGGGGUGCCCUUGGUCAUGGCCUCCCUGCCUCUGCUCAAAGGUUCCUACGGCCCUGCAGGAGCCUGGUGCUGGAUCACAGACGAUCACGUAGCCUGGAGAUUUGGGAUAUGGUACGUGCCGCUGUUCACGCUCAUCCUGCUGAUGAUCUGCUGCUACGCCAGGAUCAUCUGCGUGGCCAAUAACCGGAUGCAGUCGUGGCUGGGAACGUUCAACCCGGAGCGAGAGCGACGAAAGGUGUCCCUGGCCGAGGAAAUCAAGCCGCUGAAGUGGUAUCCGUCUGUUUACCUGCUGGUGUCUAUCUUCCCGCUCAUCAACAGGCUCCAUAAUGGCCUCCACCCGCAGGAUCCAUCCUUCUCCCUCACCCUGUUGCACGUCCUGUCCGCCCCUCUGCACGGCUUGGCCAAUGCCUUCGUAUUUGGCCUGGAUCGGGACUGGUGGAGCCUCCUGAGCCCUACUGGCAUGCAGCUGGCCUUGCAGUCGCGGCUGUGCGACAGGACCCGCAUCGGGGAGUACCACGCGGGCACCGUGCGCUACACCCAAGCUGACCUGGUGGAGCUGAGCGAGGACGAGGACGACGCCAACACGCUCUUCUACGCGCCGCACAUGACCCUGAAAGACCGAGGGCCCUGAGGGGGAGACAAAGGACGGCGAAGGCUGACAAAGAGAAAUGCGGCGGAUUAGAAAGCAGGAUGGUGAGCCAAAGGAAGGGAAGAUUGGGGGGAAAGUCAGGCAGAUAGAAGCCGGAGAUGAGCUGUCAGGUUCCAUUAUUAAUCCCCAUCCUUUACUAUUUAAUAUCCUACACGCACAUUCUGAGCAGGGCUGCAAUACUACACUAAAGAUCCUCCUCCUGUUUAAAAAGGCUUCCGCAGCAUCCCCAAGGUCUUAAAACAUUCCUCAUCACUGCACCCUGGACUCCUUCAAUCUGCACUUUUGGCAGACCACCAAGAUGGAGGAGGAGGAGGAGGAGGAGGAGGGAGAGAGGAAGAAAAAAAAGAAAAGAACCGCUGAAAGGCAAUCAUAACAAGGUGCUAGUUUAGCAUUCAGAGCAAUUACCUUCUCACCUCUCUGCAGGAAAGCGGGCCUUUUUUUUAAUGUGUGUGCCGGAACUUGACGACGACUCUUCUCAUUUCAUUUCAUGAAGGAAGACAUUUGCAGUGGACACUAUUUCUUUCUGCCUUUUCAACGCUAUUUCUUUCUGCCUUUUUAACGCUAUUUCUUUCUGCCUUUUUAACGCUAUUUCUUUCUGCCUUUUUAACGCUAUUUCUUUCUGCCUUUUCAACGCUAUUUCUUUCUGCCUUUUUAACGCUAUUUCUUUCUGCCUUUUCAACGCUAUUUCUUUCUGCCUUUUCAACGCUAUUUCUUUCUGCCUUUUCACGUAUUGUCGCUGUCUGACAAAAAAACACUCUCUUAUAACCAGAUGUACACCAUUAACUAAGAGAAAAUGUACUCUUAUAACCAGAUGUACACCAUUAACUAAGAGAAAAUGUACUCUUAUAACCAGAUGUACACCAUUAACUAAGAGAAAAUGUACUCUUAUAACCAGAUGUCCACCAUUAACUAAGAGAAAAUGUACUCUUAUAACCAGAUGUACACCAUUAACUAAGAGAAAAUGUACUCUUAUAACCAGAUGUCCACCAUUAACUAAGAGAAAAUGUACUCUUAUAACCAGAUGUACACCAUUAACUAAGAGAAAAUUAACUCUUAUAACCAGAUGUACACCAUUAACUAAGAGAAAAUUAACUCUUAUAACCAGAUGUACACCAUUAACUAAGAGAAAAUGAACCAUGAAUAACUAUUCUGAACUCCUGUGUCCAUGCCAUCAUGUCGAUGUAGCUUCAUUUUCCAUUGCUCACAUCAUCAACAGCGCCUCUACUGGUACUACCAAGUAGUGCGCGCCUACAUAGCGUGAUUAAUCAGUAAGUAACUAUUGUUAUGAUCAGCAGAUUAUCUCUCGGUAAUUCAUUCCCAUAAAGAAAGCCAAUAUGUGCUUUUUAUUUUCAUGUUCUUUCAGUUUGUAACAAACAUAGCGAAGAUAAACGACAUGUUAGCAAAGCAUCGCGUUGACAUUUCACAAAACCAUCCCCGUGAUUCAAAGGCUAGUGUCUAAUUUAGCCGUUCAGUUUGACCGGAGUGCGUCAAUCCGACUCAUGUUGGCCAAAUGUGACCUUUAUUGAUGAUUGGCAAAAGAAUAGAUGACGUCCAGCCAAUCAAUGUUGGUGUGUUCACACUUUUCAUUUGGAAUUUGGAGACAGUGUUUUGUGCUUAAAAAGAGUGACGUGCCAUAAAAUGGACAUUCAAAGUUUUUUAUCGGACAGCGACGAAUGACGAUAGGUUUACUUUUACGCAUUUUGUGUGAAAACGAUGGAUCUCCAUAUCUUUGAUUUGGAUAACGAUCAAAGUUUGCAUAUAUUUACCAGUACUCAAGAUGGAAAGAUCAAAUGUUGCAGAUAUUUACCAGUACUCAAGAUGGAAAGAUCAAAGGUUGCAUAUAUUUACCAGUACUCAAGAUGGAAAGAUCAAAGUUUGCAUAUAUUUACCAGUACUCAAGAUGGAAAUAUCAAAGGUUGCAUAUAUUUACCAGUACUCAAGAUGGAAAGAUCAAAGGUUGCAGAUAUUUACCAGUACUCAAGAUGGAAAGAUCAAAGGUUGCAGAUAUUUACCAGUACUCAAGAUGGAAAGAUCAAAGGUUGCAGAUAUUUACCAGUACUCAAGAUGGAAAGAUCAAAGGUUGCAUAUAUUUACCAGUACUCAAGAUGGAAAGAUCAAAGGUUGCAGAUAUUUACCAGUACUCAAGAUGGAAAGAUCAAAGGUUGCAGAUAUUUACCAGUACUCAAGAUGGAAAGAUCAAAGGUUGCAGAUAUUUACCAGUACUCAAGAUGGAAAGAUCAAAGGUUGCAGAUAUUUACCAGUACUCAAGAUGGAAAGAUCAAAGGUUGCAGAUAUUUACCAGUACUCAAGAUGGGCCAAGAAGAGUUUCUGAAAUGUUUGCCUUCCAGAACUUCGUAGGAUGUCUUGUGAAAAAGCAUGUAUCUCCAAAAAUAAGAGUUGUUCUGUUCCAAGUCAUGAAUGACGGUCAAACUAGCGUGAGUCCAGCACUCGCCAUCUCAACACAGGAGAUGCUUGUCUUUUUUUUAUAUUGUGGCAGUAUUAUUUUGCCUUUUAUACAUAAUGUCCUUUGAAAAUCAUGUACAGUAUCUCCAAACUUUGUUGUGGUUUUGGUCGUUGGAACAACCGAGCCAGCUGAUCGUUUGCCCUGUCUGACAAAUUUUGUGCGCAAAACACAGGUCACAGUUUUAUUGUGAUCGCAAUCAAAUGUUGCAUGUUUGUAACAUUACUUGACAUCUCAACGCCAAAUAUGGUCUCUCUUGUUCAGUUUUUAGAAAGUUGCAACAUUCAAAAUAGCUUUUUGAUACACAGCAUUAUAAACAAUUGCUAAUCACGUAAAACCAUGAAUUUAAUAGUUUGUUUGUAUUGAAAAAGUAGCCAAGGACACGAGUACGUUUUCCUAUUGUGCAGCAUCCAUACGAUUAUUGUUUACUCGUACACAUAAUGUCAAACAGUCUGGAAACAAAUACUUGUCAUUCCAAAUUUUGCGGGUGAGGGUUUGUAAAGAAGUACUGUACAUUCAUUAACAUCCAUUUACCAUUGAAACGGCAUCUUUCUUUGUUUUUUCGAUUUUAAAAAGAGUAUUUUUUAGUUUCUUUUCAGAUUUGACAUUUUUUUACAUUUAUUUUCAUGUUAUACAGCAAAGAUAUAUCACUUUGGUUUGUUUUUACAGGAAUUUGGAGGAUGUCUUGUGAAAAAAAACAGUAUCUUGAAAUGGUUGGCCGUUUGCCCCGUCCGACAUUUUCUUGUGCGCAGAACACAGGUCACAGUUUUAUUAUGAUCACACUCAAAUGUUGCAUGUUUGUUACAUUACUUGACAUCUCAACGACGGCCAAAUAUGGUCUCUCUUGCUUCAAUUUUUAGGAAGUUGCAACAUUCAAAAUAGCUUUUUUAGAAACAGCAUUAUAAACAAUUACUAAUCAUGUAAAACCAUGAAUUAAUUUUAAGUUUGUAUUCAACUACACAUGAGUAAGUUUAGAGAUAAAUGUAUGUUUCCUAUUGUACAGCAUCGAUACAAUUAUUGUUUACUCGUACACAUAAUGUCAAACACUCUGGAAACAAAAACAUGUCAUUUCAAAUUUGGGGCGUGAGGGUUUGGAAAAAAGUACUUUGGAAAAAAACAAUUUCUUUAUCUUUAUCAUCCAUUUACCAGGGAAAGUGCAGUUUUUUCGAUUUUGAUGAAUCAUUUUUAGUUUCUUUUCAGAUUAGAAAUUUUUGGAACACAGGUCAAACUUUUAUGAUCACACUCAAAUGUUGCAUGUUUGUUACAUUACUUGACAUCUCAACGUCGGCCAAAUAUUGCUUUAAUAUUGAUGGUUAUGACAUUCAAAAGAACAUUCAUGUACAGUAUUACAAACAUUUGCAGAUUUUUAUUUUCUAGAUUUUGUAUGCAAAAAGUAGACUACUGUACAUUAGUAAGUGUAAAGACAAAUAUAUGUUUCUAUCUUAUAGUACUAGUGUUAACUUUUACACUUAUGGUCCAGUAGAAAACUUGUAUCUCCAAAUUUUAGGGCCAAAGGGUUUAAACUUUUUUUUUUUUAAUACUUAGGGUUCAUUGUCAUUCUUUUUCCUGUAGAAUGCAGCUCAAAUUGGAUCUGGAUCACGUAUAACUUGUUGCAUAUUUGGCCUGUCUGACAUUUGUUUUGUGUCACACUUUUGUUCGGGUCAUGAUCCAAUUUUGCAUGGUUGUAUAAUUACUUCCGAAUUUUGCGUGGUUGUACAAUUACUUCCGAUCUGGAGAUGGGGUCAAAUUCAGGACUUGGUCUUUAACAUCGAGGAAGUUACAGCAAUUUUUUGAAUGUCAUAAACACAAAACAUUCGUGUUUUUAUACGACACGACAACAACAGGUGUUUUGAACGCUUAUUUUGUUUUCAUUUUAUAUGAAAAUUGUUCAAGGUAUUUGAAAAGAACUUUUAUAUUCAGUAUUAUAAACACUUGGUGAUCAUUUACGACAAUUUCUUAGUUUGUUUGCAUUGAAAACAUCGAGGUUUGCGCAUGAGUAAGUUUGGAGAUACAUGUAUUUGUCCUAUUGUACAGCAGAACUACAGCAAUGUGAGUGUUUACUUUCACACACAAUGUCAUGUGGUCCAGUCAAAAACGUCCAUCUCCAAAUUGUGUGGGAGAAGACUUUGAAUUCAUCAUCUGCAUCAGAGAUUCUCCUGGUCGUUACUUUUUUUCUACUUAGAACAUAGUUCACCUUUUUUAUUUGAAGCACAUUUAAAGUUUGCAUGGCAGUUGUUGAUUUGCCGUGUUCGACAUUUCUUUGUGCGCAGAACACACAAGUAACCCUUUCAGUCCGUUCAUCAUCAAAUGUUGUAACAGAACUUGAUGUCUCCAAAUAUUCUGACUGUCUUUCAUCUUGAUAAGCACUCAAAAUUCGGAAACACGUGUUUUUUUGGUUGUUGUUUUUGAACAAUGAUUUUGUUUUCUUGCUGUCUAAAAAGUACUUGUGGUUUUUGAUAUACUGUAUUUAUAACAACGUUGUACAUUUUUUGAUAUGGUCCCACUCUGCUGCUCAGCCUUAUGAACAACAACAAUAUUUUCCACACACUUUUUUCCCUUUCCCGAAGGUCCAAACAGGUAAAUGAUGGCCCGGGGCUAAGUGCUGCUUAGCAACAGCCUCCGACAGUUCAUCAUCUCACGGCUGCUGUGAUUGGCAGCAUAAUGUCAUCCAUUUCAAUUCAGCCUGGCCCCGUUUCUUCGCCCUCCGCCUCUUGUUUACAAUUUUUUCAGCAGCUUGUGCGAAGUGACCGCUGUCAGUGGCCUCACUUGACGAGUUGAACUAAUGACCCGACACUUGACCCCCUUUUCACCCCCACACCCCUUGCUGUUGAACUUUCCCUGCGGGUGUCAGUGACACCACACUGCGACUCUGAGUUAGCACUUUAACGGAGCUUUGCCACCAUCUUACACACACACAAACACACAGACACACACACACACACACACACACACACACACACACACAGACUCGCAUCCCUUCCCUUAUUUUUGGCAGCGUCGCUGGUUUGACUUGACUUGCACUCCAUCAAAUAAAUGAGCAGCAGAGACGUCUCAUAACAAA